UGUCAGUGUCAGUUGUUUGUCUUCUUCUUGUCGUCAGUAGUACAGUUACAGACAGUUACAGUACAGUACAGUGUUACGUUACAGUAGCCAGCGCUGCAGAUUCAAACAAGAUGAAGUCUCUGGUACUGUGUUUGUUGUUGCUAUCUGCAGUGAGCUCUAUCUUUGGAGCUCGCAUCCUGGCGAUUCUCCCGCUUGCAGGGAAGAGUCACUUGAUUUACACCAAUGCAGUAUUUACUGCUCUCGCUGCUCGAGGACACCAAAUCACUGUUUACAGCGCAUUGGUACCAUCAAAGCCUCCUGCCAACAUAAAAUAUGUCGAGAUACAUACACAGUUUGAAAAAGAGAUGAAAGAAAAUUGGUCUUUUGAAAACUUCAAACAAUUUACCAACCAAGAUUCGUUUAUUGGAAUUGGUAAUUUUGUGGUUUGGAACCUGGGACUCCGCUUGUGCGAAGAAGUAUUUCAACUUGAAGAAAUCAAAAAACUACUGGCCUCAAAAGAAAAGUUUGAUCUAGUUUUGUCUGAAGCGCUAUUCGGUCAAGAGUCUCUUCUGGCUUUCGGCCAUGUUUUCAAAGCACCAGCAAUAAACCUGAAUGGUUUUGGACCGUGGAGUGUGUUAAACAGCGUUCAUGGGAACGAUCUGCAGCUAGCCCACUAUCCCGAGUCGGUCAGUUUAGCAACUACCAAUAAAAUGGAUAUCGUCGAAAGAUUCCGUAACGCACUCACUGUCGCAAACACAUUAGGCUUUUACUACCUGGAUCAUCUUCCUAAACAUGAUGCCAUCAUCAAGAAAGUGUUCAACGAUCCAAAGAUGCCUUCUGUCAAGGAUAUGGUGACUAACGUGUCUAUUACGCUGGCUAACUACCACCCGACCGUCGGCUACGCUUUGUCUGUACCCAGUAACAUCAUACCUAUUGGUGGUAUCCAUAUCAACGACAAGGUGGAUCCUCUUCCCAAGGAUAUCAAGGACUUUCUUGACAGUGGUAAGAACGCUGUCAUAUACUUCAGCCUGGGAUCGAUAAUCCCGACCCAUCUGUUCCCUCAGAAGUACACGCAGAUAUUUGUUAAUGUUUUCCGCAAGCUGCCGUACAAAGUGUUGUGGAAGACAGAGGCAGAGAACAUUCCUGAUCUGCCUAAGAACGUCAUGACCUCUAAAUGGGUGCCUCAGCAAGGUGUACUGGCGCAUCCCAACUGUGUGCUGUUCAUCACCCAUGGAGGUCUGUUGAGUCAACAUGAAGUGUUUCACUACGGCAAACCUGUCGUGGGCAUUCCGUUCUUCGGGGAUCAGCCGUUCAAUGUGCGUUUGUACGAAGAGUUGGGCGUUGGAGUCGGGCUUGAUUUCUACACAAUGACCGAGGAAUCCAUGACCAAAGCUAUUAUGAGCGUUGUCGGCAAGCCACAGUUUAUUCAAAAUGCGAAAAAGGUGUCAGAACUGUUUCGUCACCGACCAAUGUCGCCGCAGGAUACGUCCGUGUUCUGGGUGGAGUACGUUCUACGACACAACGGAGCACACCACCUGCGUCCCCAGUCAGCUGUGAUGCCUUGGUACCAGCUGAUCUUGUUGGACAUCGUUGCGGCUGCCGUAGCCACAUUGUUCUUGAUAUUACUGGUGUUCAAGAAAAUAUUGUCUUUCAUGUUUGGGCUUUGCAGUAAGAAGCCAGUUGCCAAACAAGACACUGUUUCUAGCAAGAAGAAAAAGAAUUAAACUAACCAAGAAUCUUGGCAGGCCAGUAAAAGUGCAAAAUACAUGACUGAUAUCAACAGUAUUAGGUGUGUUGUAAAGGUAAGAUGUUUAUAUUAUGAAAUAUGGUAGCUGUUGCAUUUUGUUAGUUGGGAACUGUAAGUGCCUUAUUGAUACAAUUUUUAAUGUUAUACAAACUUUAAAAUACGUUUAUGUUACGCAACAAAGGUAAGGGAUCGUCUUUAGAGAUUUUAUCUAUUGUUGUUAUACUUGAAGUGCCUUAACUUAUAUUGUUGUCCAUUGUAUACAUGAAUUUUAUAUUUAUAGAUGAUUGUUUUUUAACCAAUGGUGCUUUAAACUCAACUUCAUGACAAAAAAAAAUUAAGUGCUUUCUAUACACAGGUAAUAAGAUAUAGACUAUCAAAAAUAGAUCAACUAGCAUUAUGUGAUUUUCUUGUUAAUCAUAUUUUAGGUCGUAACUAAGAUAAGAUGUGUAGGCUUAGUAGCACAUAACUAUUCAACAUGGAGGUAUACAAAAUAAUACAAUUAUCUAAGAGGAAAAUCGGCUGAUGGUUAAAUAGUUUUUAAGAGCAAAGAUUAUUUAUAACUUUAAGACACAAAGUGUUGUUUUUUUUUUAAUUUUUUUUAUCAAGAAAUUAGGUUGUAAUACUAUUUUAUUUAUGUUUGAUAAAAAUAUUCCAAAUAAAAUAUAGGCUACUAACUCAUGUAUAAAGCCGAAGGGAUAGUUUUAGAAUAGUCGUUAGUAGCCCAUAAGAGUAAAAAUUACCUCAAUAAAAUCAGUGUUAAGUCUUUAGUCUUUAGUGGUAGUCUUUACAUUAGUUAUUGAGUGUUGGACUAAAAUCAAUAAGCUACUCCUUAGCAAAACCAUUCAUUCAUGUGCUAGAAACAUAAUUGCAACCUAACUAGCCAGUUUUAUUGUUAUCAACGAAUUUGAUUCAAUGGGCGCGUUCUGGGAACAUGAACCGGUGACUUACUCAACAGUAUCGCCCGAGGCAAGAGUCUUGGUAUCUCAGAACGGUUAGUCACCGAUUUACGGUACACAUCGGAUUAUAAUUUACACAUCCAUUUACUAUUUACUUUAUAAUAUUUAAAUCAAACAAACUUACCCUCACAGAAUAAAUUAUUCACUUAUAACGUAAUAUAACCCCCUCAUAGAACAAAUUAUUCACUCAUUACGUAAUAUAACCUAUAAAACUAAUUAACAUUAUUUGAUGGAUCCGCCAUCUUGCCGUAGCUGCAUCCAGUUGUCCAAGAAACUGACCAAUCAGAGGCCGCCGGUGUAUUAUGUUGUUAUCUGCUUGGUUAACUCACCGGUCUCCCAGAACGACACAUUUUUUGCACCGGUACAUGUUCCCAGAACGCGCUCAAUAUAAAAAAUAUUGUUCCUAAUUUGUUCGUUUAUUUGUACUUAAAAAUGUUGCAAUAAUUUUAUAAUAGUAUAGGGUAUACAAACAAUGAAUUUAAUAGCAUAGUUGCAAUAAACUCUACUGUUAAAACAUUUAAUAUGUGCCUUAAUAUAACUGUUAUUACAAAUGUAUUGUGUACGCCUACUAAUUUUGUUAAA